CCGCCGUGUCUGCGGCUUGGACGUUGUUUUAACCUGCCGAUUUCGAUCCCAGUGCCUAGCGUAGUGUAACCGUGACAUUUUGGGGGUAGAAGCGAGACAAGAAAGUCAUAUCGAAGGUCGUGGGCUGGGCGGCAUGAUUGACGACAGGUCGGCGACGAUGAAAAAUGAUGGGUAUAUAUAUCUUGAAGUGUUGCGCCCUGGUUUGAUGUUUGUGACAGCAGCCAUCACUCAAACACCCGCCAGAGUCCUCCUCUUCCCACUUGCCCAUCAUGAUGUUCAAGUCCCUUCUUGGUUUUGCCGCCAUGGCGCAGAGCGCCUUUGGUGCUUCUCUGCAACAGGUCCAAAACUUUGGCAACAAUCCCACCAGAAUCCAGAUGUACAUCUACGUCCCGGAUCGCGUGGCCACCAACCCUGCCAUCAUUGUGGCACUUCAUCCUUGCGGAGGUACUGGCCAGCAGUGGUUCAGCGGUACCAGACUGCCCUCGUUCGCCGAUCAGAACGGCUUCAUCCUCAUCUACCCUAGCACCCCGAACCAGAGCAACUGCUGGGAUGUCCACAACCCUGCCAGUCUUACCCACAAUGGAGGCGGCGAUGCGGGUGGUAUCAUCUCCAUGGUCAACUAUACUCUUGACCGGUACAACGGCAACCGGGAAAAGGUCUAUGUCAUGGGCUUCUCCAGCGGUGGCAUGAUGACCAACGUGAUGGCUGGUUCCUACCCCGAGGUGUUCGAGGCUGGUGCUGCCUACUCUGGCACCGCCCACGCCUGCUUCGCUGGUGCCGGUGGAGCUACCCCCUUCAGCCCCAACCAGACCUGUGCCCAGGGUCUCCAAAAGACUCCCGAGCAGUGGGGCGCCUUUGUCCGCAACUCGUACCCAGGAUACAACGGCCGUCGUCCCCGUAUGAUGAUUACCCACGGAAACGCCGAUACUCUUGUUCGCCCGCAAUGCGCCACUGAGGCGUUGAAGCAGUGGUCAAACGUCCUUGGCGUGUCGCUCACCCGCCAGGUCCAAGGUGUUCCCUCAUCGCAAUUCACUCAGCACAUCUAUGGCGACGGUACCAAGCUCCAAGGCUUCUUUGGCAAUGGUGUUGGACAUGCUCCCUCUGUCGACGAGCAGACCCUGUUGAGAUUCUUCGGCUUGAUCGCCUAGUGUGUUGACAUAAUCUCCGACUCGAGGCAGGAGUGCGGGGCGGGUAAGAUCUGGUGGUGGCAACGGAGCCUCCAGCGGCACAGUGCGUUGAGGCGGCCGCCCGGUUUCUUACCCGCUAGGGAGUGGGGGUCACGGAUAGCCAGGGGGGUUUGGGUGAAUGGCUGCCGGUGAUGUUCUGAGUGUUCAUAAACGAUUGGGUUGCUCAGUAUAUAUAAAAAGGCUUUCUUGAAUCUUGAGUUUCGGUGCCUAGAUGUCAAUUCCUUUUAUUGGGGGC